CUUGAAAAGAAGAUUGGGGUUGGAAACAACGGCAGCCGGGGAUUUUUGUCUCAAGCGAUCCUCCGUAGCGUCCUUUUUCCUUUAGCUUCUUUGUUCUUUUCCUACUUUCCAACUUGCUUGCCUCAAGGCAUUUGUUGAGUUCGUCCUUAAAGUCCUUUUUUUUACUUUGGAUUCUCCUUCUCGCACUUGUUGUCCGAUUGCAUCUUUCUUUACUUUGACGUCGGCCCCUCUUUUGUCGAUUGGAGCUGCGUAGACGACAAGGAAAGAAAUGAGGGUUAGCUUGAUCCUCAGUACGGCAUUGGCACUGGUGGCCUCGCUGGCAACUGUGGAUGCCCAGGUCAAUCUUCCGCCGGCCGGAUAUCCUGGCCCCGAUAGUGCUUCCUCUGUCACUGUCGCUUCCACGGAUGCCACACGUACUCCUCCACCCGCUCCCCCUACGACCUCGGUCGUUAUCAAAUCCGCAGAAACGCUUGCCGUGGGAGGAAUAGAAACCAUCUCAAUCAAUCAAGGAACGCAGCCUCCACCGCCCCCACCGCAACAGACUCCUCCUCCUCCUCCACCACCUCCCCCUCAACAGACGAGUCCAUCGCCCACAACCCCACCAGUCACUAUUGCGACGACAGCACAGGAAACGAGGACGAAUGGAGGAAAUCAAGUUACAGUCACCUUCCUGCCCCAUGAUCCAAGGACAAGAGGUGGCGAGUCAGGCGGGAACGGUGGAAACGUCCAAACAGUUACGGUUACCAGAACUGUGACGAUUCAGGUCACAAAUGCUGCCGUCUGCACUCAGAACACAAAGACAAAGGGCAAACACGGCCAUGGCAAAAAGUCUGGCAACGGUGGAAAUGGCAAAAAGAAUGGUGGAAAUGACAACAAGACUGGUGGAAAUGGCAAUACCAAUACUGGAAAUGGCAGUGGAGGCAUGACGCUUGUGGAUGCUAUUCGAGAAAUAUUUCAGCUAGAACCUUUGCCGAACGCAGGCCAAGGGCGAGGGAACACAAACUUUGCCAGUCCCACCCAAACCGCUCGGAAACCCCGUUCCCCAGCUGUUUUGUGAUUCGCAAGAGGCAGCUGAAUGCGCCCCAAAGUUUUGGUCAUGACGCGCUAUCCCCCGGAACGUAUAUCUAUUGCAAAGAAGCAACGUGUCAUACCUUUCAAAGGACAGCGGACGUUAGAGCUUCUUUUUUGGUUCUGGAUUGCGAAUGAGAAAAAGUGUUUCCAUUGCAAUCGCAUUGGAUAUUCAACUUGUCUGAUGGGCUUUGAGGCAAAGGAUCUGACACUGUAAGAUAUACAAGCAGGUGUAGAUAAGUGGACUGGGCAGAAACGUUUCUUUUGUAUUUUCGUUGUUUUUUUACUAGACCGCAGUUGUUAUUUCUUUGUAUAAAAAAAUUGAAAGUAAACAAGAUAUUUUCGAUAACGCCCU